UUUUCCCUAAAAGAACACCUUUUGUAUAAACACCGAGGCUCAAUUUUCCAAAAUAUAAGAACAACCAAAGAACUUGACCUGUUUUAGAUGACGUUUUUAGGAAAAGUUUUGUCUUCUGUCAAAAAAACAAAGUAGAUUUUAUAUUUGAGGAGAAAGAAACCUAGGAAAGGCUGUCCGCCGAAUUUUGUGAACCUUGCAAUGAGUGGUAAUAUGAAGGCGACAGCCAGGACGACAAAGCAAAACGACGACAAGAAUCCAGUGUUGUAUAUUAGAAUUUUAAAAUAAAUUACAUACUUUCAGCCCAGCAUACAAGGCUUAUGAAUAUACAUGGCUUAAAGAUAUAAUACUAAAAUUGGUUUUAGGGUCGAUUAAUAGCAUGCAGUUGAGAAAAUUCAAAGUUGAAGUCAGAACAAAAUUAAGAGCACCUGCACCUAAAUUAUCCAAAAAAAGAAAUCAUCUCCAAAAAAUAAAGAAAUUCUUUCCAAAGAAUAAAGAAAUUUGGACUCAGCAAUUUGGACUUUUGAAUUUGACCUUUAUAAAAUUGAGCAGUAGUUGCUACGGUGAAAUAUGAUUGUAAUGUAAAUCUUUGACGUCAUAUGUUUUGCUUUUCCCGCUAUUGAGGCUGCAGUUAAUCCGAUUUUUUGUAAUAGAUUUAUCGUUUUCAAUGAAUGUUACCUAUUAAACACUGACAAUUUCACCGUCAGGCUCAAAGCUGCAAUUUAGAAUUUUUCUGUAACCUUGGAUAUCAGGUAAUGUUACGUGUAUCACAGCAGUUUUCCUGCCAAGUAGCAAAAAAUAGAUUCAUUCAACUCCUUAUGAUAAUACAAUUAAUGAAUAGACGUUAUUAGGAAAGAAAAGCCUUUGAGUUAAUGCGAUUGUGUUCCACAUGAAUGGCACUGCGUGAUUCUUCAUUUGACAAUGCAAACUAGGCAAGCUCUGUUUACACAAAUAAUUUUCAUUCAUGUACGGAAAUUCGAUUAAUUUUUGCUUGUGGUAGCCAUGGUGUUGUAAAUAAACAAGCUUGUUGGUGCGUAUGCCUAUCGCGGCAAAGUUCUGAUUCGCCGUCAACAUUCCGUUGAAGUCCCAGAAGAUCACUUUGUGAAAGUUCAAAGAUUUUCUUUGAAAGAAUCAACACCUUGAUUAAUCUUCAAUUUCCAAGACAAUGGGUAGUGGAUCCUCCAAGAAAUCGAAUGCAAAUAACAGUCCAAGAAGUGAAAGGCCUAACUCCCCAAAACUGGUUAGCCCCACAGAGCUUCUGAGGCAAAAAGCAGAAGAAUUCUGGUAUGAAAUAAAGGACAUACAAAUCCCAAAUGUUACAAAAGGAAAAACAGCCGAUGAGGUUAUUGAGGACAUAAUCAACCAUGAAAAGGAAUAUAGUGGCAUUGACUGGAGGAAAGCCGCAGAAGGCACCAAAGAGGACAAAGCUGAGGCUUUAGAAAAAGCACACGAGCUACUGAACAAAAUGAGGGAGCAGUUGAGUGAAGAAGAGGUGAACACUGCCAAAGCGAUGAACCUUCUUGAUGCUAAUGGUGACGUCAGGCAGUAUGAUCUGUUUGCUAUGGAUGAAAGUGAUGCCCCGUUGGUGCCUGUUCCUAGCGACGCUGCACCGUAUGUCGUUUGGGGAUGGACUAAAGCACAGACUGCAGAAUAUCAAAACGCAACUGGAGGUCGAAUUAAAGAUCUUAUUUGCAACCUCAUUAGGAACUUUCAGGUUAUGCAGAACGACAGCACCAGAUACAUGGUGAAGACAUUCAUGGAAGCUGGUUUGUGGGGGCUUGGAAUCUACGGUUUGACUAAGGUUUAUCAAAUCAUUGCCACUUUAUCCGAAUUAUCUGAGGCAACGGAGGCUUAUGCUGUUUUAUCAGGCGUUCUAGAGGUCGGUGUCAAUGUCAUCAAACUUGGAAUCACGAUUGUGAUUUUGGCCAUUCUUGUUCCCCUGUUUAUCUACAUGACAAAAGAUGCGGCUGGUGUUAUGGUCAUCAUUAAUGACACAAACGAAGAUUUGAGACUGAUUGACCUGCACGCCACACAUGGCAAAAUUGUUGGUAUUUUCAAAGAGAAUGCUGCUCUUGACAAUCCACAGACAAUCAUCCCAAAGAAAUUGCCACCUAUUGUCAACCCAAAGACUGGCAAAGUCGUUGCGGAGGGGUCCAUUCAGGCAGGAUUUUUCGCAGCCCGCAAGAAAGAUGCAGCUUUAUAUGGGUCUCAAGGAGGGAUGAAAUUUGAUGCAAUCACACCUUACCCAAAGGGCAUUUAUGUUGGUUGGGAGGUACCGCUGUCACAGGGUAGCAAUGUUGUUCUUGUGUCUGCUGACUACGAUGGAAGUGCCUCCGAGUUCAGCAACAAAACUAACGAUGAUGGCAAACAGGAGAGUAUUUCAACGAGCAGCAAACAGGCAAAGGUAACCGGUCGGGUCAGCAGUGGUAGCGGCAGUCAAGCGUACUACGUAAUCAAUGUCACUGAGCCGUAACAUACCCCGCAACCAUUCCAUGAAAAAACAUUUAAUGUUGAUUAAAUAACGUUUUUUCUAUUGGUGUAAAUAAACUGAAUUUAGAAUUGUAUGAAAAGUACCGUUUUUUACAAACUUUGUCGUUUAAUGAAACUCUA